CCGGCUCUUGCGGAAGUUCAUGCGCCAUUGGGAGGGACUCGGCGGCUGCUCUAUGCCCUUGUUGCUGAGUGCCUAUUCCUGGGUCACUGCGGGAGCAGGAGUCGGACUGGGGCCGACACGGUGCUCCCACGUGGCCGUCUCGGCGCCUGUGUGUGGUGUGUGGUCUGCACUGGCGGGAUGUGGCGAGCACGCCAGGCGGCCGUGGCCUGUGAAGUCUGCCAAUCAUUAGUGAAACACAGCUCUGGAAUACAAAGAAACUUACCGCUCCAAAAGCUACAUCUGGUUUCACGAAGUAUUUAUCGGUCACAUCAUCCCACCCUAAAGCUUCAAAGACCCCAACUAAGGACAUCAUGUCAGCAGUUCUCUUCUCUAACUAACCUUCCUUUACAUAAAUUAAAACUUUCUCCUACUAAAUAUGGCUACCAGCCCCGCAGGAACUUUUGGCCAGCAAGGUUAGCUGCAAGGCUUUUAAAACUUCGAUAUAUCAUACUGGGAUCUGCUGUUGGAGGUGGCUAUACAGCCAAAAAAACCUUUGAUGAAUGGAAAGAUAUGAUACCAGACCUUAGUGACUAUAAGUGGAUUGUGCCUGACUUUAUAUGGGAAAUUGAUGAACAUAUUGAUUUGGAGAAAAUUAGAAAAGCCCUUCCCAGUUCAGAAGACCUUGCCAAGUUAGUGCCCGACCUGGACAAGAUUGCAGAAAGCCUCAACCUACUGAAGGACUUCUUCACCGCAGGUCACAAAUUGGUUAGUGAAGUCAUAGACGCUUCUGGCCCACUUCUCUUGUUAGGUUCACCUGGAGAAACAGCAUUUAGAGCAACAGAUCAUGGAUCCGAAAGUGACAAACAUUAUAGGAAGGGUCUGCUUGGUGAGCUCAUUCUCUUACAACAGCAAAUUCAAGAGCACGAAGAGGAAGCACGCAGAACCGCUGGCCAGUAUAGCACGAGCUAUGCCCAACAGAAGCGCAAGGUGUCAGACAAAGAAAAAAUUGAUCAACUUCAAGAGGAACUUCUGCAUACACAGCUAAAAUAUCAAAGGAUCUUGGAACGUUUAGAGAAGGAGAACAAAGAGCUGAGAAAAUUAGUACUGCAAAAGGAUGACAAAGGCAUCCAUCAUAGGAAACUUAAGAAAUCUUUGAUUGAUAUGUAUUCUGAAGUUCUUGAUGUUCUCUCCGAUUACGAUGCCAGUUACAAUACACAGGAUCACCUGCCACGGGUUGUUGUGGUUGGAGAUCAAAGUGCUGGCAAAACAAGUGUGCUGGAAAUGAUUGCCCAAGCACGGAUAUUCCCACGAGGAUCUGGGGAGAUGAUGACACGUUCUCCCGUGAAGGUGACUCUCAGUGAAGGUCCUCAUCAUGUGGCCUUGUUUAAAGAUAGCUCUCGGGAGUUUGAUCUUACCAAAGAGGAAGAUCUUGCAGCAUUAAGACAUGAAAUCGAACUCCGAAUGAGGAAGAAUGUAAAAGAAGGUUGUACUGUUAGCCCUGAGACCAUAUCUUUAAAUGUCAAAGGCCCUGGGCUGCAGAGGAUGGUGCUUGUGGACCUGCCAGGUGUAAUCAAUACUGUGACAUCAGGCAUGGCUCCUGACACAAAGGAAAUGAUUUUCAGUAUCAGCAAAGCAUACAUGCAGAAUCCUAACGCCAUCAUCCUGUGUAUUCAAGAUGGCUCUGUAGAUGCUGAGCGCAGUAUUGUUACAGACUUGGUCAGUCAAAUGGAUCCUCAUGGAAGAAGAACCAUAUUUGUUUUGACCAAAGUAGACCUGGCAGAAAAAAAUGUAGCCAGUCCAAACAGGAUACAACAGAUAAUUGAAGGCAAGCUCUUUCCAAUGAAAGCUCUGGGUUAUUUUGCUGUUGUGACAGGAAAAGGAAACAGCGCUGAGAGCAUUGAAGCUAUAAGAGAAUAUGAAGAAGAAUUUUUCCAGAAUUCAAAGCUCCUAAAGACAAGUAUGCUAAAGGCACACCAGGUCACCACGAGAAAUCUAAGCCUUGCUGUGUCCGACUGCUUUUGGAAAAUGGUUCGAGAGUCGGUUGAACAACAGGCUGAUAGCUUCAAAGCAACACGCUUUAACCUGGAGACAGAGUGGAAGAAUAACUACCCACGCCUGCGAGAGCUCGACAGGAAUGAACUAUUUGAAAAAGCUAAAAAUGAAAUCCUUGAUGAAGUUAUCAGCCUGAGCCAGGUCACUCCAAAACACUGGGAGGAAAUCCUUCAGCAGUCUCUGUGGGAAAGAGUAUCAACUCAUGUGAUUGAGAACAUCUACCUUCCAGCUGCACAGACCAUGAAUUCAGGAACAUUUAACACCACAGUGGACAUCAAGCUUAAACAGUGGACUGACAAGCAGCUUCCUAAUAAAGCAGUAGAGGUUGCUUGGGAGACACUACAAGAGGAAUUUUCCCGCUUCAUGACAGAACCCAAAGGAAAGGAGCACGAUGACAUAUUUGACAAGCUUAAGGAGGCCGUGAAGGAGGAGAGUAUCAAGCGGCACAAGUGGAAUGACUUUGCAGAAGAUAGCUUGAGGGUCAUUCAGCACAAUGCUUUGGAAGACCGGUCCAUAUCAGACAAGCAACAAUGGGAUGCAGCCAUUUACUUUAUGGAAGAGGCACUUCAAGCUCGGCUCAAGGAUACUGAAAAUGCUAUUGAAAACAUGAUAGGCCCAGACUGGAAAAAGAGGUGGAUGUACUGGAAGAAUCGAACCCAAGAGCAGUGUGUUCACAAUGAAACCAAGAAUGAACUGGAGAAGAUGCUGAAGUGUAAUGAGGAGCACCCUGCUUAUCUUGCAAGUGAUGAGAUUACCACAGUCCGGAAGAACCUGGAGUCCCGAGGAGUCGAAGUAGAUCCAAGCUUGAUUAAAGAUACUUGGCAUCAAGUUUAUAGAAGACAUUUCUUAAAAACAGCUUUAAAUCAUUGUAACCUUUGUCGAAGAGGUUUUUAUUACUACCAGAGGCAUUUUAUAGAUUCUGAGCUGGAAUGCAAUGACGUGGUCCUGUUUUGGCGAAUACAGCGCAUGCUAGCUAUCACUGCCAAUACAUUAAGGCAGCAGCUCACAAACACUGAAGUUAGACGACUAGAGAAAAAUGUUAAAGAGGUAUUAGAAGAUUUUGCUGAAGACGGUGAGAAAAAGAUUAAAUUGCUUACUGGCAAACGGGUUCAGCUGGCUGAAGAUCUGAAGAAAGUGAGAGAAAUUCAAGAGAAACUUGACGCUUUCAUUGAGGCACUUCACCAAGAGAAGUAGACUGUAUGAAGUGAGUAAUUCUGAGGCUGGGGUGCACUGAAUACAAAGCAUGUAUUUGAAGCCUUUCUCAGUAACUCAUGGCUCUGCAUGGCAGCACCCAGCUUGCUUCUCUGUGAUGUGAUGCUUUUGCUGGCAUGACUCUUGGAACCAGCUUCCUGUGUGUUGUGCCACACCGUUAAAUCAUUUGAUUACCACCUUCUGGCUAAUCUACAACUGUACUCUAGAAUGCAUUUUGGACAGAACCAAGGCUAAAUAAAAAUAUUUGACAAUGA